GGACCGGGAGUCUCUCCCUCUCCUGGUCCAUUGUGUUCCCAGACUGCCAGGAGGACACAAGGAGAUGCAGGAGACCAUCGGGGUCAACUUCUUCCACUCUUCGCCUCCUCUUGAUGACAGUCGGUGCGCCUCGGGACCUGCCACUUAACAUCCCCCUCCAAAAAGAACAAAGUGGAGAUGAACACCACCGGGUUCAACCACACGGACGGGACCUUGUUCAACCGGACGGAGGGGAUGCUGUGCUGCAACCUGUCCUCGGUGGUGACGGACGAAGGCUUGGUGGCAGCAUCACCGGAUGAGAGGAGCCUCUUCAUCAUGAGGGUGGUCCAGAUCGCCGUCAUGUGCGUGCUGUCCCUCACCGUGGUCUUCGGCAUCUUCUUCUUGGGAUGCAACCUCCUCAUCAAGUCUGAGGGCAUGAUCAACUUCUUGGUGACGGACAGGAGACCCUCCAAAGAGGCCGAGGCGGUGAUUGUUGGAGCCUACUGAGCUGCAGGGGGUCCUCUACUUCUUCUUCUUCUUCUUCUUUUUUAAAAUGCCAACAGGGUCUGUUGGUUUCUACAGUAUUGAUUGACAGUUGUGACGUCACUAGUUUGUGUUGUCGUCAUUUGAGAUGUCGUUGGCAAAGCGGUCAUGUAAAUAUGUGCCGUGUGUGAUUUUUUUGCAUACACUCUUCACACCUGGCCAUUAAGAAGCCAACACGCUUUGCACAAUUGGAGUUAAUUGACCCUGUGAUUAAAGAUUGCCCUCCUAAUUGUGAUCUAUGUUUGUAUAUGAAAUAAGCAUGUUUGCUCAUUCUGUCAACCAGAUUCAAGGGGAAAGAAGUAAAACUCUAUAUCUGUUUUGUUUUUCAUUAUGCACAAGAAUUUGAGAAAGCAUUUGAAAAAGGAGGGUUUUUUUGUUGUCUUUUAUAGAUCAAGACUUCUAUUUAAUAAAAAAUUGCAGAUUUCAUAA